ACCUAUAUAUGUCAUCAUUUUUUUAAAAAUCUAAUCGUGGUUACAAUUUUUCAAGGGUAAAUUCAAAAACUUGGCGAGGAGGUUGUUCCUCCCAAAUUCAUUGCUAUCAUAAAUGUAAUUUAAAAAAAAAAAUUAAAUUGCAUGGCCAUACAUUAAGUGGCAUAAAAUGUGUGAAGGGAAUGAUUGUGUUAGGUGUGUUUUUCAUGCGCCAUUUCGCAGUGCUUACUGGUGUCGGGUGAUCUCAGGCCAGCCUCCACUCGAGCGCAAUAUCGCAUCUCGGCUCACUCUCACAAGCUUUCUCCUGCAUGCCCAGCAGCUUCACAUUUCACCACCAUUCUUCUUUACAUUGCGCGCGUGUGUGUGUGUGUGUGUGUGUGUGUGUGUGUGUGUGUGUGUGUGUGUGUGUGUGUGUGUGAGCGCGUGUGUGUGUGUGUGUGUGUGUGUGCUAUAGAAGGGCUUGAUUACCUCUUGCGUAUUCAGAGAUGCACCAUGUGAGGUCCAAGCCUCGCUCCCUUUCUCUGCUUUUUCUUUUUCAGGUUGGUCAAGCUGCUGCUGCUGCUGCUCUGGAAUCAACAUGGAGAAUAGCAAGCCGGUCAAGGAGGUGCUCCCGCUGCCUCGACUCCCAGAAAUGGCCUCGAGCUCGUCUCCAAACGCUCCCGAAAGACAAAUGACAGGAUCCGUGCAGUACAUCCACACGGCCUCCUCAGUGAUGACAUCAUUCAACCAGCUGAAGCCUCCAGAGCCAGAUCUCACUCUGAUGUCCCACGUCAAGUCCAUCAAGUCACUGAGGCGGGCUGGCCUCACUGCAGCCAUUUUUACUGGACAAACGGUCACGACGGAGACCAGCUCCAAUGACUCCCUGCAGAAACUUGAGGGCCAGGAGGUGCCGCCGGAAGAACCCCUCACGGAUGCCAUCUUGGCCGACACGGAGGUUCUGGUGCCCACUCUCGACGAGGACGGCCGCCCCAUCGCCGAGUGGAAACGUCAGGUGAUGGUGACAUGGAUGCAAACGCAACUGCGGGAGGACCACCCGUGCAAACGAGACCUGAUGAGGCCUGAGUGGCCGCCUGUGCACGGCUGGAAGUUCUCCCAGAGCCACAAUGCUCUUCUUGGGCCCUUUGGUGAGCUUCUAACCGAAGAAGACUUGCUGUAUCUGCAAAAGCAGAUUGAGCUCUUGUACCUCCAGAAGCGUCAGCGGGCUUACGAGCUGGAGCUGACCAGGUUGAUGAAGGAACUCAGGUCUGUGUUACCGGACCAGAUUGUGAACAUCUCUUGGAACAAGGAGGCUCUGCGGCAGCUGGACCAACAGGGAAGCCGAGCACUGCCGCUCUGGUGCGGCCGCAUCUCCGAGAUAAUCAGGACUGUGUCGCUGAUGGUGGCCAACCUGACCCAGACCACGGCGGAGGCCGGCAUAAAGGGACCGCAGGGUUCAAGGGACGGUCUGGAAGUAGACCAGGUCAAGAAAAUGCUGCCGGAACCAAACGGACAUCAGUCAGUGUCCAUUUCGGGUCGUCACUUGGACAGCAAUAGGGAACGAGCAGAGAAGGAGAUCCGUCAGUCCGGAGUGUCCGUCAAAAACCUGCGAGCCAACUUUGAAGGGCAAAUUGGCGCCACAUAUCCCUUUGCCGGGGUGGUUCCGGUUAGCCUGGCCUUAAAGGACAAGUUGGUAGGGAUGAACGAGCCAAAAGGUGAUGUGACAUUGAGCAGCGUUUCACCUGUGAGAGAGACCACAAGUCUCAGGAAAGAGCGCAUAGUCGUGCUGUUCCUCAGCUACUGGAAAAAGUCAGCUGCGGCCAUCUCCAACCGGGCGGCCGUGCGGAAUGCCGAAUGGCCAGGAGGCCAGCAGGAAAGCCCCUCCCUCUUUCGCUUAUGCCAAAAGCGAAGUGCGGUGGACAAGAUGUUGACUUCCUGGAAGAAGAAACUCCAGCUGCGUGCUGCUCAAACGUCCCCUGUGACCCCGUCCGAAAGUCCAGUUCCCGUCUUCUCUCCGGAACAAUUCUUGUCCGAAACAGCCGUGAGCCACGAUGGCUUGACCUUGGAGCUCUUCAUGCUGGGCUACGUCAACAUUUUGGAGCAGGAGUUGUCGCCGCUUGAGAGGAAGAUGAGGCAUCUGCUCUGCUUCGAAGUCUUUGACCAUCUGGGGACUUUCGCUUGGGAGACCGUGCGGGAAUUCCACAAGGUGGUUCUGGAGGAAAUCCGAGCCGGAAGGCGAUGUUGGAGCGACGGCUUUGAUGAUAUCAAACGACGAUUCUUCGGCUGCUCGGAGGCAAACGCCCAGCCGGCGCCGCCGGUUGUAGUUCAGAGUGUUUUGCCGGAUGAGGGCUGUUGCGGCACGGACUUGUCCUGUUUCAACAACCAAGAUAUUUGUCAAUAUAUUGAUCGCAGUUUUGCUUUCUGGAAGGAGAAGGAGGCAGAGAUCUUUGAUUUUGAACAUUAGCCACACUCCAAAAGCCGGUCGAGCAGAGUUACUUGACAUGAGUGGGAAAGUGACUUGGACAGAACAUUGUUUAGAUUGAUUUUUUGCGCCAGGUGCUCUUGCGGUUCACAGCCGAGUGCCGCAGGUUUGAAUCUCCACAUCCACACCCAGUGGACAAGUUGGAGCAUUCCAUGAAGCUAACUUGAAUU